AUUGAAAAGCGAAAAAAAAGAGAAUCGAAUACGUAUAUUGAAUCGAAAACUUGUUAUCAACUAUAUUCAAGAAUUUCGUAAAAUAAAUAAUAAUAAUCUAAUUCUACGUUAAAAAUAGUUGUUAAAAAUUUAAAAUUCUGCAAAAAACGCUAAAAAAAGAUGGCUAAAAUCGGUCAACAAAAAGAAUCUGAAAUGGUAAUCAUAUAAUGUUCUCCAAAAAAAAUAAUUUUGAAUUCGUUUUAUUUUUUAAAUCGAUAAAAUGUUUAUCAGGACGAAGAAGACACGCGGUUGCAGGAAGAACUAUUUCAACUGGCCGAUGUAUUACUAGUAAAUAAGAAUUAAUAUACGUUUGAUUUUUUUUAAUUCAAUAAUUAUUAUCAUGACCUAACCUAAGAAUUCAAUGACGUGUCGAUUAUAAUUUGAGGGAAAGGACGAAGAUGCAAUGUUGAUAGCUCUAAGUCAACUUCGAUUAUUAAUGCAAACCUCGACUACCUCGAUGACUUCUGUACCAAAACCACUCAAAUAUUUAAAGAAGACGUAUAAUGAUAUGAAAAAUGCUUAUGAAAAUAUUCAAAGCGACAAAGUGAGACAUCAAUUUGCGGAAGUAUUGAGCGUAUUAUCGAUGGCAGGAGCAUUGCCAGGCUCCAAAGAGUGCCUUCGAUAUUGCAUCCAAGGUGAGGUAACGAAACCUGGCGAAUGGGGUCACGAGUACAUAAGACAACUCGAAGGUGAAAUCGUAGAUGAAUGGACAAAUUCUCCUGUAAAAGAAGAGAAUCGUAUAAGAACAGAGCUUACUCCUUUAGUAAAAGGUAUCAUAAAAUUCGACAUGAAGCAUAACGCGGAGAUACCUGGAUGCGAUCUAUGUUUGGAGAUCGAUCAAUUGAAUUUUUUAAACGAGUCUUUGGAUAUCACGAAUUUUGAAAGAGUUUGUCGAUAUUUAGAGAGUUGUGCAGCCUACAGCGAGGAUACCGAAAGAAGACAAAUAUUGCAAGUCGUAGUUGAUCAUUACUUACGAUUCAAAGAAUAUUGCAAAGCAAUGUUAGUAGCCCUUCAACUGGGAGAUUCCGAUCUUGUACACAAAUGUCUCGUCACUUGCCCUGAUACUUUAAUGCGAAAACAAUUGGCAUUCAUAAUCGUUAGACAAAGGGAGACCCCGUUGAAAAAGGAUUAUCAAGGAGACGAUGCAAAGGAUAUCGAAGCCAUUUUGAGCAACAGUCACGUAAACAAUCAUUUCCAUUUACUCGCAAGGGAACUCGACAUUUUAGAACCCAAACAUCCAGACGACAUUUACAAAACCUGGUUAGAAACCAAUACCCUGAGACGCGCGGAACACGAUUCAGCCAGAGCCAAUCUAGCAGCCACGUUCGUUUCCGGUUUCGUUCAUGCUGGUUUCGGCCAAGAUAAACUGAUGGACAACACUUCAGAGUGUUGGGUUUAUAAAAAUAAGGAACACGGAAUGCUUUCUGCAACCGCUUCCUUGGGACUGAUACACAUGUGGGACGUAGAUGGUGGACUGGUACCUAUCGACAAAUAUCUUUAUACCAACGAUUACAACAUCAAAGCAGGUGCUUUACUUGCUAUAGGAUUGGUUAAUUGUGGCAUUCGCAAUGAAUGCGAUCCAGCACUUGCACUUCUCAGUGAUUAUGUAUCCUCUGAAAACGCCACGUUGAGAAUUGGGGCCAUUUUGGGUCUAGGUUUGGCUUAUGCUGGUUCACAAAGAUCUGAUGUUACGGAGCUUUUAACAGGAGUUCUGGUGGACAAUGGAAGUAGCAUGGAAGUUAUGUCUUUGGGAGCGAUUGCGAUAGGAUUGAUAAACGUUGGUUCUGCCGAUGCUGAAGCUUCUUCGACCCUUCUACAGAAACUAUUAGAAUUUACUCCUCAAAAGUUAUCUAGUACUCAUUCUAGAUUUCUGUCACUGGCACUGGGAAUGGUCUACAUGGGUUGUCGCGAUGUCAUAGAAGCUUCUUCGGCCGCACUUGAAGUCUUACCAGAUCCUUACAAACUUGCUGCGCAGACUAUGCUACAGGUGUGUGCAUACGCUGGAACAGGGGAUGUAUUGAUUGUUCAGGAAUUGUUACGAAUAUGUUCGGAACCGGUGGAUGGUGAAAGCAUUCCCGCUACGCCGGCUAGCAGUCCUGUGAGCAGUUGUUGCGAUCAACGUCAUCGAGUUAUCGAAUUUUCUGAGAAAAAAACCAAAGAGAAGUUAGAAGAGAAACAACACGGGGGAUCAAAGUAUUUUUUUCGCAUUUUUAUUUAUAUUUUUAUUAUGUUCAUGACCUUUCCAUAAUAUCUCAGAGAAAUAGGCUCGUCGCAGGCCAUAGCUACUUUGGGUGUCGCUGCUGUUGGGCUGGGAGAGGGAAAAGAGAAUUCGAGGAUAUUCGGUCAGAUUGGAAGAUACGGAUCUAUAUACGCAAGACGAGCAAUGCCACUUGCCCUAGGCCUAUCUUCUUUGUCAAAUCCAGACUUGGCAGUUCUCGACGUCCUAAACAAAUACAGCCACGACAAUGACUCUGAGGUAGCCAACAGCGCAAUCUUUGCUCUCGGUCUCGUCGGUGCAGGAACAAAUAAUGCCCGACUUGCCACCAUGUUGAGACAAUUGGCCUGCUACCAUGCGAAAAAUCCCUUACAUCUAUUCCUCGUUCGAAUUUCCCAAGGCUUGGUUCAUCUUGGCAAAGGUACUUUAUCCAUAUCUCCGUUACGGUAUGGCUCCAAAAUAUUGGAUAGAGCAGCCUUAGCUGGAUUAUUGGUAGUUUUGGUGGCUUUUCUCGAUUGUCAGAAUCUGAUCCUGGCGAAAUCUCAUUACUUGAUGUACUGUCUGGCGCUUGCAAUGGAACCCAGAUGGUUGGUUACUUUGGAUGAAAAUUUGCAAACUCUACCGGUGUCCGUAAGGGUUGGACAAGCCGUAGACAUCGUGGGCAAAGCUGGCAAUCCUAAAUCCAUCUCUGCUGGAUACGUGCACACAACGCCAACGUUGCUUUCUUCCGGGGAACGUGCAGAACUUGCUUUAGACGAGUAUGAGCCGUUAUCUUGUAUUUUAGAAGGUUUUGUUAUUCUUCGGGAGAAGUUGAACAGCUCUUAAAUUUACUUCUGAAAUAAUAAUACGAGACGAUGGGUAAUAAAAUAAAACCAGAUUGCGAAAGGCAACGCUGGGACAAAUGGUUUAUUUAUUUCACGAGAUAGUAAUAAGAAACAUGAUCGAUAGAAAUGUAUUAUGCAAGGCGAAGAAUUUACUAGGAACCAAAGUGCGAACGAUGUUUAUAUACGAUACAUUAUAAUUUUCCAUUCUGUUUUUAAUAAAAAGUAAAAAUAAUAUUUUCGAGAAAAACAGUUGAAAGAAAAUCUUGUACAAUGACCGAUCGAUAACUACAUAUGUUCGCAAUGUAUCACUUUGACAACGAUGAGAACGUGAAAAGAACGCAACUGAUCCGAGCAAAGAUUCAAUCGCGUCUGUAAAUCGCUUCGAUAAGAAUGUGAAGAGACGCGUGAGUCAGCUUCUUUCUUUGUAUGUUGCGUUUAUUUAACCUCAGGGGGACUAGCGGAAGCAAUGUGCUCUAUACAACAGAAAUUACAUUGGUUCGCAUUGCACGGUGUAAACGACAAUGAUGCACCAUGAUCUGACAGCGGCCACGGUAAGAAUCACUUUAUCAUUCAUUGUCGUAAAUUAAAACUUAUAAACGUAUGACUCUCUUCAUUCAAGUAAAAAUGAAAAAAAAAAAAAAAGAAAAGAAAAGAAAAGAAAAGAAAAAGAAAACACAAUACGCAGAAAAGAAAAAGAAAGAAAUCAAGAGAUGGAAACACAACAUAGGAAAUAUUAAAUAUUAAAACGCAAUGAAAAAGAAAGAACAUAAGACGAGAAUGACUUAAAAAGUAACCCAAAGACCAAGUAAUUCAUAAAAUUUUCAAAAAAUGAUCUCCGAACGAUUCAACAUCUAUUGGUAAAAUACUGCAAAUGAAAGAUAAAUAUUGCAGUUUAUUGAUUCUGAUUAUGUGUACAAAAGCGGACCACGAGGAAACAAGAAACGAUAUCGCGCGAAUGAAAGAGGAAAGAUCUCUUCCCUUUUCAUUUCCUCGGCACAAAUAAUAAUUCUUUCACGUAGUGUGCAUGGUUACUUUUCUCUCUCUUAAUUUUUUUUUCUUUCUCUUCGUCUCGCGAACUCGCAUUAUUAUUAUAUUGCAUAAGAUCAUGAAGUACGUUUCCCACUUCUUCGUAACGAAGCCACGAGAAAUACCCCAGGAAAUUGCACGAACGUAAUUACAAUACGUACUUUAUCAAAGAUGUUGUUCUCUUAAGUCAGAGAAAGUGCCUAACUGCUUGUCGUGUCUAGAAAUGUCUGCCGACAUUUACAUAUAGACACAUAGAACUUGGAAUAGAAGGCGAGAUAUAGAAUAAAACGUGAUUUUCGAUUCGUUUAAAAUAUGCACACUCCCGCGUGGAUCUUUUUUAGCAUUGGAAAAACAUCGUAUCUUUUCUUUUCUUUUACGUUGCAAAUUAUUUUUAUAUAUAAGUUAUGCUUCACAAAACCAUACAAAUAAUUGCAUUCUGUUGGAAAUUUAACAAUUCUAUUGUAACAUAUUCCUUCUUUUGCGUUUUCAGCUUGUCGCCUGACGUAUUCGCUCGCACAAGAAUAAUUGGCUCUGGUAACUGUUGUUUUUUUUCUUUUGAUAAUUUUUCUAUCCAAAUAAAUAUUAAUACAUAUUCGUGUUUUACAUAUUUUUAAUCGGCAGUAUUACAGUAAAACUCAAUUCUUUGAGUUUGAUCCAUAUAUAUAUAUAUAUAUAUAUA